CUUUAGUAGCGAACAUGCUAAGCAAGAGGAUAUUGUGGUUGCUCUUGGGGCCAACUCGUUACUAUCGCCGUAGACAUCAGUUUAGGAAAAGUGUUGUAUAAUCGUUUGCUGACGGCAGAGUGCAACGUGUUUCGUUAGAAUGAAGUAGUAGGAUCAUAAUUUGUAGGAAAAAUUGGUGUAUCUAUUUUCAACAAAAGCCGAUUGUACUUCCGUCAUUUUAUCGACCAAGGAACCGGAUAAUUUACUCCAUAGUUGCAAGUGUGUGAUAAGGGUAGUACAACAAAGAAACAGUGGAAUCGUUGAUUAGCAAUUACUAUAAUACUAGAAAGUGGAACGUCCCACUAGUGAUUAUCACAAAUCAACCGAUUUCAGAUUGCUCUAGCAAAAACUACUGUUAGUGAGAGUUUGCAUUUUCCAAAUUAUAUAACAGCUGAUUCAGGAAGGAAAAGGUGGAAAACAAAAAUAGUGUUCUCGCCAUCGGUGCGUAAAAUUGGCAUUUGACAUAAGAUACCGGCGAAUCAUUAAGGUGUGGACAUCGUAGAAAAGCAAAACUUUGAUGAGGAAUUUAUUUAUUUCACCAUUCUGAUCAGACCAUCUUGAUUACAUCUAGUGACCAUCGUCAAUUUUGGCAGUGUUUGACAAAAGUGACCAUUGCAUUCUAUCGACAAAGCAGCAAAGUCAUCACAAGGCACGUGAGUUGUCUUACAACCACACGCGGUUGAAUAGUCGGUUAUGCAAUAUCGAUGACAGUUGCGGGUGUGUGUGAAUGUAGGGAAAAAUAGUAACAGAAAAGAAGCGACUCUAGUAAGAAGUGCGUUUUUGUUAGCCGUGCCCUUAGUGAGAAAAUCAUUCACGAAUUACUUCAGCAGUUUUCACUAUUCAAAAACUGAGAAAGUGAACUUAAUAGAACAGAUAAGAAGUCGAAAAUUAUAAGACAGGAUCGAUCCUUGAAAGCCACUAUUCGCAACGGCGCUUUCCAUUGAAGUAGCAAUAGCAGCGGUAAAAUCAGCAUUAGCACCAGGUCGCACUCAAUGGCGAAGGGUGCCAGAAAAAAGACGAAAUGGGUGUCCCUGUCGUUAGUCAGUGCUACAGCAACAACGAUUUCAGCUACCGAGAAUGAAACUGAUGAUAAACUCAAAUCAUCUCGAGGAAGGAAAACGUACACUGCUGUUGUUAGCGGAAAUAGUGCUGCCAGUUACUUUGUUGCAAAUUCAUCUGAUUUUGGAUAUACCGCCUCCAAAGAUGACACCCACCGAGACGAAGAGAGCUGCGACGAUCGUUCGCAGAAGGAAUUUGAAGGGAGUAGCAACACAUCAUACUCCAGCUGCGGCCGCAAUCCUUACUAUCAUAAGUCCCGUUACUUAAAAAAUAACUACAACAAUUACCACAGUAGUGUGAAACCAUACUAUAUCGGAAGCAGUAGCUAUAUUAGAAAUAAUUCGUACUCCUGUCAACGUAUCGCCGAUGCCAAAAACGAUCAAAACGAAUCUGUAAGAAUAAACGAAGAUGAAUAUACGAAAAUAACUACUCCACGUCAGGACGUGCUCUUCAAGAAGGGUUACCUGUCACGGCCGAAACGAUACACCACGAUGAAUGAAAACAGUACCUUGGCUAGUAGUGCUUUCGCUAACGGUACCACUGAUGGUAGUGAUACUGCAACUGGUAGUGGAAGUGUAUCUACCGCCGAAUCUGUUAUAUCCGAUAUAACCUACCUAACCGAAGGGCAAUUUAUGGAAUAUCCCACCCCGUACCCAUAUUUCGGCUACUUCGACCAAAGUGGAGUACUUGUAAUGAACGGCUUUGCUGUUGAUAAUCAUGGGUAUUCGUACAUGAAUGGUGGUCAGACCUAUAUUUACCCACCAAACUAUCACUGCACAGCCCCGUUCGAUGAUGCUGGUCUUGUGGAUGAUAAACAUGAUAAAAUGAGCCCAAAUCAAGUUGAUUCAACAAUUUCUCUAGCCAAGGAAACUCAACCAGUGGAUGUUUCAAAUACUUCUAAUAACUCGAACUCGAUUGCCGAUGUUGAUCUCCUCGAGAACGUUAAUACCAAUAUCGAGUACAAUGACCCAAGCAGCCAACCGAAUGAUGAAAUAUCGCUGGUUUCCAAUGAGUACAGAAACGAGCCAAAUGUAGAUGUGAAGGAGGUGAUAUACGAAACCUUAGAGCCUACUAUGCCCCAAAUCUCGGUUAUUUCGCCGUACGGGAAUGGUUAUGAUUAUGCUCAAUUUUACAAUGCAUUUUACUAUCCUGGUUGUGUUGUGGCUCCGUUCCCAAUUGUUGAUGAUGCGAUGUAUUAUGAUCAAGUUGGAGUCUUGAGUGAAGAAGAAUAUGCGAAACAGUCCAGCUUUAAAAAACGCAAAAAGUUGUGCAGGAACUGGGAAGAGUAUCCGAUGGAAAUUCAUGAGUCCGAAAUGAUGGAAAGCGGCUGUUCAAGUGCUGAAUUUUGCAAUCUAGAGCCCGAUAUGCUUUCUGUUGUUGAAGUACCGGUCAACGACGUCGCAUCAGAAUCCUAUAGCGUAUUGCUACAUUCAUCCAGUAAACCAAUCAUAGUCCAGGAUACUAGUCCCAUCCACACACAAUCUGUCCAGUCUCAAGCGCCACCACCGAAAAUAUCUUCUGAGUAUCAACCGUCGAAAUUAGAACAAUCCGAAGACCUGUCUCAAAUUUCGAAUCCUUCGACCGGGGUUUCGCGAAAGGCUAGGACGGCAUUACAUCCACAGAAAUUGCGCAAACGGGAUCUUAUCGAAUCGACACUUACUUUUGCAGAACAAAACAUUGAUCUGACCAAAUCCGUCUCCCGGGAGUCAGGGGCUUCGAAGUUGACUGCUGUACGACAGGACAGUUCCAGUUUAUGGCGAACUGUUCGCAAAGGUAAAGAGAUUGUUGUUGAAGAAGAUCUGGAGCUUCGCUUCAUCGACACAAGUGCUAUGACUAAGAUGGAGGCUAUUCAUGAGAUCCCGGAAGCAUCUUCAAAAGACGGUCGGAAACAUGACGUGAUUAAUAGUGCCGAAUUUAGCCUUUCAAACAUAACGGUGAAGCGUGAUAAACGGGGAGAGAGCAUCGGGAAAAAAGUGAAAAAGACUGCCAAAGGAAAAGGUAAAAAACAGAAAAAGUUCCACUUAUUACAACAACAAGCAGGGUUUGAAGUGAUUGAACCGAAGUUUUCUGCUCCGUUGAAAAAUGUCGCAGAACUCAAUGCCAAAUCAAAAUUAAAUGGUGAAUUAGAUUCAACCGAAAAAAUAGUGCUACUAGAACAAAUAAAUGAAGUGAAUUCAUUUUUAUCGGUAGAUGAAGGCAACCUUGCUUUGAGUACUCAUGAACAAGAAGAAACAGAUGAAGUAAAUUCAUUUUCAUCUACAACUGAAGAGCAUAAUAUUCUCCGUAAUAACGUUUUCGAAUUGAUUAUCGGAGAAGAUACCAUAGCAAACCUUGAGCGAGGUAUAUUCAAUGUUCAAAUUGAAGAUAUAUGCGUUUUACCGGAUGAUUCUUGUCAGCACGAUGAUCCCCAAUUGCAAUGUGUUGUUGAUAAUGAAUCUUGUUCCCCAAGCGACGCAGAGAAGACGAAUACUGAAAAAAUAUCAAAAUCGAAUCAGGAGAGCAAAACAAUGACUGAAGUGCCUUCCUUCUUGAAACCUGUUCAAAACGAAUCGAAGGCCAAUGGUUCCGGUCUAGAAGAAAAUUUGAUUGUUAACUCCACUUUGUUGGAGACUUCAAAUGACCCAAUCCCCUCGGAUACUAUUGAUCGAGAUAUUGCUUACCAACUGGAUGAAGCAGUGGUCGAUCAACACGACUGCAAGCAUUUCAGUGAAAUGUCUUAUUCCGAAAACUAUGAUUCUGGUUUGCAAAGUCCUACCACAUGCAUCGUUUCCGUCAACAUUGGAGAGGAGCGAAAAGAACCCUCUAGUUCCUACAGCGAUAAUGAUACUAAUUUAACCGAAGCAGUUAUAAAUUGGCUCUCAGAAAACCUACGAAACAAAAGAUUGGAUGAAAUGUUUGUUUUACCGGAAGAUCCUACACUUUUGCACCGGAUGCAUCAGUUCAAUGUAAUGAAUUCCGAUGACUCUCUCGUCCUGUCCUCCGAUACAUACAGCAGCACCAGUGCAGAUGAAACUGAAGAUGCUGAUAGCGAUUACAUGAGUGAUGUACAAAUAAAGAAGCAUCUUGGCUGCAACCUCAACGUUUACGAGGACAAACAAAAGACAGAAUCCCAAAAAGACCCGCUUUUUGUUAAGCAGACUGCGAAUGAUCACCAUCCAACAAGGAACGGAGAUCAUUUUAAUGAUAAGCAAAAACGCUGUAUUAUUAUGUAAAACCUAUGCGACCCAAAUCUAUUGUUACUUAUUAAACUGAAACAAAAACUCGCGCAAAAAAAUGAACAUAAACAAGUCAUCGCAUCCUACAUAUAUAAUAUAAUAAUUACCGUUAUUUCGUACGCAAUAAAUUGCAUCAAGUGCCGUUUUUUCGUUUGUAA